AUGCUCAAGGGUGUCAAGCAGCUGUGGCCGUCAAACCACGCCAACGCCAACAACAACAACACCCCCGGCCACUCUCCCUCCCCCUCCUUCUCCAACUUUGGCGGCCCAUCAGACCAGGCCACGCCACGAGCAUCCGCCCAGCCCAAUCCGUUUGACGCGGCCCCACCCGGAGCCCAAUCACCCGGUGCCGCCGGCUUGAGUAAGAGUACCGCCAGCCUUUCGCUCGACCCGAAGCGUGCUGCCGUCGCCCCCGGUGGCACUCAACACCAACCGUCUGGGCUGAAAACGCCUACCAGUCAAGGUUUGACUUCUUUGCCCCUCGGGACGCCAGGCGCGGGACAGCCGACCACUGGCGUUACGAAAGGCGACACUGUGGGCCAGACCGGCGGUAUCGGCUUUGGCCUGCAUGAGCCAGCAAAAAUGCGCAAGGCUAUGAACAAGAAUGAAAUUGCAUCUACCGCUUCGCCAACUCAGUCCGUCAGGUCGCCUACGACUGGCCCGAGAGGUACCCUUCGAGUCAAGGUCAUCUCUGGCCGCGGUCUCGCUGUCGCCAACUCGCCCGGCGCCAACUCUCAGCCGUACGUCGUCAUUCAAUUUGAAAAGAACGAGUACGUCUCCCGACCUCCCCACCCUGCCGCAUCGCCCUCCUCCGUCCCCUUCACCACCGGUACCGCACAGCCUGUUGCGCCGGCCAACCUUACCAGGAGCACUAGUGGUUUGGGUGUCGGUGCCAUCUCUCGAGCAUUUGCCGAUGCCGUUGGCCGAGGCAAGAAGGAAAAGGAUGGCAGCGGCGCGAUGACGCCGAAAGCAGAGGAUGCGUCCGGCGGGGGUGGCAAUUGGCUGGGCAAGCCAGGUCCAGGGGACCCAGUUUGGAAGGAAGAGGUUUCUUUCGAUGUGACCUCUAGCAAGCCUACCCUUCAUCUCUCAGUGUACGACAGAUGUCGCGACGGAGAGGGUUUCCUGGGUAUGCUCAAUAUCAAGCCGGCUUUGCAGGACGGUAUGGUACUCGACAACUGGUACAAACUCGGUACGCGGGGCGAAGAAAGUGUCACUGGUGAAAUAUGGAUCCAAAUGACGUACACUGUAAUCAGGAAAAACGUCGCCCUCAAGCCCUCCGAUUUCGAGUUUCUCAAGCUCAUCGGCCGUGGUACUUUCGGCCGUGUCUUUCAAGUCCGCAAGAAGGACACGCGCCGUAUCUACGCCAUGAAGGUGCUUUCCAAAAAGGAAAUUGUCGCCAAGAAGGAAGUCGCGCACACCAUCGGCGAGCGCAAGAUCCUCCAAGCUUCCCUCGAAUGCCCCUUCCUCGUCGGCCUCAAGUUUUCCUUCCAAACCGACACCGAGCUCUACUUUGUCACCGACUACAAGUGCGGUGGUGAGCUCUUCUGGCAUCUGCAAAAGGAAGGCAGGUUCAGCGAAGAUAGGGCGAGGUUUUACAUUGCCGAGCUCGUCUUGGCGCUGGAGCAUCUACACAAGUACAAUAUUGUGUACCGAGAUUUGAAGCCGGAGAAUAUCUUGUUGGAUGCGACGGGUCAUGUGGCGCUUUGUGACUUUGGCUUGUCCAAGCCCGACUUGACGGAUGACAAGUUGACCAACACUUUCUGUGGUACCACCGAAUACCUCGCACCGGAAGUAUUGCUUGAUGAGAAGGGUUACGGCAAGCACGUCGACUUUUGGUCCCUCGGUGUGCUUCUCUUUGAGAUGUGCUGCGGCUGGAGUCCGUUCUAUGCCGAGCAGACUCAGGAGAUGUACAGGUUGAUCUGCUACGGCAAAAUCAGGUUCCCCAAGAAUGUCAUUGGCGACGACGGAAAGCAGUUUGUCAAGGGCCUAUUGAACCGAAACCCCCAAAACCGUCUCGGCUCCCAACGCGGUGCCGUCGAACUCAAAGAACACCCCUUCUUCGCCAACAUCGACUGGGACGCGCUCUACAAGAAACAAAUCACUCCCCCCUUCAAACCCAUCGUCGACUCUGACGAAUCCGUCGCCAACUUUGAUCCCGAAUUCACAAACUCUUCCCUUCUCGAUGCGGGGAUUGUGCCGUGGGAUGAUAAUGAUGGAGCGGGUGAGGCUGGGGUGGGGAGCGGGAGCUUGACGGGGAAGCAUUCGUAUCUCGGUCCUGGUGCGGGGCUGAGUGGAAGUCAAGGGGGACCGGAUGGGGUUGCGAUUAAUAAGAGUCAGAGGCCGCCUUUGCCUGGGGCGAGCGGGAGCCCAUUGACGAGCAGUGUGCAAGAAAACUUUAGAGGGUUUACGUAUACUGGAGAGUCGCUCAUGCCUCAAUCGGUGCUCGCGGAUCAACAGAUGGACAGCGACUCUGAUAAUGAGAACGCCGUCGAUGAUGAAGACGACGAGGACUCUUCUUCUGAAGAGGAAGAUGAUGACUAUGAUGACAAUAUCGUCAGCGGUCGGACAGCAAGGGGAGGCGACGUUGACAUGGACUAG